AAUGUCAAACAUAGUACAAGAUCUUGUAGUGCAUUCCCCCACAGAGUCUCAGUCAGCAGCUAAACCUCUGUACAGUCCAUCAAAUUCCUCCAAACGUUCCCAAAAAUAAAAAUAAAAUAAGAAAGUAAAAAUGUGUGCAAUCCCCAGUGAAAAAAUUUCGUUAAAACCCGUGAAAAUGUUCACCCCUGAAAUAUCCUGGAACUAGUGGAAGUGAAACCCUCGAGGACUCGAUGCAAAUGUACCACAACCCAAAGAAAACUCAAAAAAAACUUUAACACUGACAAAUUGAACAUUAAAAAUGUAAAUCGUACAUUGAACACAUGAGGAAUGAAUUUAUCGUGUGAAUAUACCGAAAACCCACGUGUCUUCUGUCACUCAUUAAUGCAGAGGAUUAUAAACUGAAAGAUGAUGAGUGUGCGUUUGUAUAUGAUAUCGUGAUAUAUCGGUGUUCUGAGAAAGAUGGCCGACGGUGAUAGGACGGGUUUCUACCCGUGCUCAGGCUAAUGUGCAAUUAUUAGCUAAAACUAAAGGCUUUUAUCAUUAUUUUUUCACCCUAGAUUAGACAAUCUACUAAGUACUUAUCAAUACACCGAGUUGGAGUGAUAAUUGUGAAAAGAUUUUGGGGAAUGUGAAAUAGUGAGGGUGAGGUUUAAGGGCGGAAGUUGAAGGAAAAGGUUCAACUAGGGUUCCUACUAUUGUGCUUUUUUUUUUUUCUCUAUUGUUAGUGUUGUUUAUUUUUUCUUCGAGGCAACGAGGAAACACUGAGCAGAAUGGAAUGGGUGGAGAUAAUCGAGCCUCGAACCAAAGAGCACAUGUACGCCAAUCUGACGACCGGUGAAUGUGUCUGGGAUCCUCCACCGGGAGUUCAUGUGAAGAAGACAGACAACAAUCAAUGGUGGGAGUUGUUCGAUCAAAAUACCUCGAGAUUUUAUUAUUACAAUGCAACGUCACAGAAAACUGUGUGGCAUCGGCCAACAGACUGCGAUAUUAUCCCGUUGGCAAAACUUCAGACACUGAAGCAGAACACCGAGCCACCGAGUUGCGGUGCUAGUGGGGGUGAUAGCCAGGCAACAGAGUCGAGGAGAAAAGAGUCUGUAUCAACACAAACACAGACAACGUCUGUUGGAAGAUCUUCUAGAUAUGAUCAAGAUAAUGCAACACACUUGAGCAGUGGUAGUAAGCCUCGUACCUCAGGAAUAGGUAUCGACUCAAAAUUAUCACCGCAGUCUCCAUCUCCGUCAUCAAGACGUCCACACCACCACCAUCAUCAUCAUCACCACCAUCAGUACAAUAAUCGUCACUCCCAUCGUCACCAUGAUCAAACGAGCCACCAGCCAUCAUCCUCAUCAUCAGCCAGACGUCAUCACAAUCACUCCCAGGACUCUGGCCGCUCAAGUGACAGCUCAGUGUCACAUAGUCGUACAUCUUUGGAGUCAGGUGCUGCUUAUCGUCUUCUGGAAUCACCGCAUCGUCAUCACCAGCGAUCCAAUAUUCUUCAGCCUCCAUCAACAUCUGCUAAUCGAGGUUACAGCGCUGCUGGAAGCAGCAGCAGCACCGGUGGCUCCGUUAGUACUCUAGAAGCAAGAUCACAUAAGAGUGGUACGCUUGAGAGUAUUAAAAAUCAAAAAGGCGUACCCAUUUCUGGAGAACCACCACCACUUGGCUUGUCCUUGUCAACGAGCACUCCACUUUUUAAGAAAAAAACAUUUGGUGAACAUCCCAAUCAGAGAGAUGUCAGGGGAGGCAAUGCAGAAUCUGAAAGGAGCAGAAAUGGUCGUGAAAGCAGCAGAGGCUCUUAUGGCCCAGAGCCAAGUACCUCUCCCUAUCGAGAAUCGUCAAUGGAGCCACGUGCAUUCAGACAAGAAAUGCCGCCCUAUCGUCCACCAGAAAUUGCCCCACCCCACACUUCCAAAGCUCAAUCACAAAUCGACAAAUACGGAUCUCUGAUAGAAACGAGUAAUCGUUAUCAUCGUGAUCGUGACUCUUAUCACCGAGAUCGAGUGAACAGUUUGGAGAAGAGCAAUGCAUCGGGAUAUUACUCGGCUGGUGUUCAUUCUAGAAAUAUGAAUAAAACUGAUGUUCCUGGUAAUGUUUGUGGCAGCAAUAUUGGAAGUAUUGGGAGGAGGCAUCAUGGCUGUGCUGGUUCACUGUCUGAGGCGAAUGUCAGGGAGAUUUAUGGUGCAAUGCUAGCGGAGAGGAAUGAAGCGUCGAAAAGAGGAAAUCCACAUGGAAAUGUCACCAAGCAAAAAAGUUUGGAGGUCUCUGAGAGGUCUAGGGAUAAAGAAAGGGAUAGAGAGAAGGAGAGGGACGAGUUCGGACGUACAAAGUGCAAUAAUUUAAUGGAAAAUAGCCAACAGGCACUGGCGAGGAGUUACAGUUUUGUACAGCAGCAGAAAAUGCAACAGAUGAGGAGACGCGAGCGUGAUGAUGAUUCUAUGCAUGAGAGAUACCUAGUGGGACAGGUGCACGACCAACGGCACAGACUCGGAAGUAAUACCAGCAGUAGUAAUGAUAGCAACUCCAGUGGGAAUAGUGCUAUCUGUGAUGAACUAGGGGGGAAUAUUGAGGAGGAGGUUGACGAUAGGAAGAAGAGGAGUAAUGGAAAUCCCAGUCCACCUGCUUCACCUUAUUAUGGCAAUUUGUUGGUCGACGCUGAUCACUUAUUGCCUUUGCAGCAUUAUAUCCUGCAACAGGCUAAACUCUCUGGUUGUUAUAAAUUUGGUGAUCCUCUAUUAGCAGAGGAGGGCGAUGACUCGUUGGACGAGGAUGGUGGACGAGAGGUAGACGACAGUGGAGAGGGUGGUGGAAUUUCCGGUAGGGGUGAGGAUGACUCAGACGAUCAGUUUGCGGAUGACGAAGCUGCUAGUAAUCAGGGGGAUUCUUCCAGUCAAGAGUACCUGGAGGAUCACUAUGCCGAUUUGGGCAAUUAUGAUACAGCGGGUCUGGCAACGUACUACAAUACAGCAGAGACCCUUACAAGAUCGCAAGCAGCAAGUUCAGCUCAGGCGACUUUACCCUCAACAGCCCCUCUGGCCCCCUCUUUAACACCUCAACAAACCUCGACAAUUCCCUCAUCCCAUCCUGAAAUCCGAGAAACGAGUGCUGUCGGUUCCACCAGGCCAAUUUCCUUGCCCGCCUCCAAUGUAUUCACAAGCCUAGUCAAAAGUUAUGAUAUAGCUGAUGGAGAUGAUCACAGGAGAGACGACUCAACCAGUGGUGGAGACAUUGAAAAAUACGCGCAGGACAAUUUGAAUUUAAAUUGUGGAAGGCCGAAAGGACUGAGAUUGCUGUUCAGAAAAAAAUUCAGUGUCCGGGACAUUUUGAGUUGGACGAAGGAUCCGAUUCCCCGUCCGAUGCUCAACGUUGUCGAGGGUGAAAAAUUGUUGAAGAGAGAGGCCUGCAACUUGUUCAGACUUGUCCAAGUUUACAUGGGUGACAGAAAAGCGAAUGUAGGCAUGACAUUGGAUGGUGUUGCUACGGAAAUAGUCAAUACUGUUUUCUCAAAGCCACCCUUGAGGGAUGAGCUGUAUCUGCAGAUUUGCAGACAGACGACAGAAAAUCCGAGGAAAGAGAGCCUUAGACGAGGCUGGGAACUAAUGGCUGUGUGCCUUGCUUUUGUACCCCCUAGUGCCACCUUUGAGCCUUGUCUCGAGGGCUACAUGAAUCGACAUAGAGAUCCCAAUUUUCAGUUUCCUGAAGUCGCCAAGUGGCCGAUUCAUGUUCAAGUUAGUCAUUACGCUACCGUUGCUUGUCGAAGGCUACAGAGGAUUGGGGCACAUGGCAAGCGACAACCUAGGAAGGCAACAAUUGAGGACAUUGAUCAGGCUAGGCUCCAAAUAUUCCGCGCAUCGAUGUUUGGUGCAACCCUAUCAGAAGUAAUGGCACUCCAACGUGAUCGUUUUCCCCAACGAGAUCUCCCUUGGGUGCAGACAACGUUGACUCGUCAAGUCUUGGUGCGAGGAGGCACUCUCACGGAGGGAAUUUUCCGUGUGUCAGCGGACGCUGAUGAGGUCAGCGCGUUGAAGUCAUGUCUGGACAGAUUUGAGGAUGGUGGCUCUCUAGCUGCUUCUCAGGAUGCCCACGCACCUGCAUCGCUGCUGAAACUUUGGGUGCGAGAGCUCUACGAGCCACUUAUUCCGGACUCAUUCUAUGCUGAAUGUGUCUCGAUGAGACACGAUGAGUCUGAGGCUUCCGCUGCCGGUGCUGCUGCCAUUAUUGACAGACUUCCUGAUCUCAACCGUCGCGUAUUGUGUCACUUAAUGCGUUUCCUGCAGAUAUUUGCCAGAUCAGAAGUAGUCGCGCGAACUAAAAUGGAUGCCAAUAAUUUAGCAAUGGUAAUGGCACCAAAUAUAUUACGUUGUACCUCAGAGGACCCACGCGUUAUACUCGAAAAUGCAAGAAAAGAAAUGGCUUUUGUUCGCAUAUUGAUUGAGUCUCUGGACACAGCUUGGGUCGAUAAUCUUCACUAACCGUGCCAUCUUAAUUGAAAGAAAAAAAGAAAAUUAAUCAUUGCACUAGCUCCUUCUUCACUAUGCCAAAAAUAUUAAGAGAAACUUGAUUUUCGAUGAAAAAAUCCGCUGUAAAUUAUCACCCUUUAAUGUUAAUUCCUUUUUUUAAUUUUUUAUUUGUCGUUUAGUGUCGUAAUAAUUGUGUUCACGUGGAAGUUAUGAUUAAUAUAAAUAAAGAGUUGCCAUUCUUCUUCUGAAAUUAGUCUCAGAUCGCCUUGGCAAUUGAAAAAAAUGCGAUUAUACUAUUAGUAUAAAGUAAUGCUAUCGCCAAUUGAAAAUUAUC